AUGCUGUCCCGCACCGCCGUCGCCGUCGCCCGCCGGGCCACCGCUGCCCCCGUUCUCCGUCGCAGCAUCGCCACCACCGUUGUGCGCCGCCACGCCGAGACCAAGGUCCCUACCGCCCACAUCAAGGGUCUCUCCGAGAUCAAGACCAAGGAGGACCUCUUCGGUCCCGGUGCCGUUGAUGGCACUGUCCCCACCGAUGUUGAGCAGGCCACCGGUCUCGAGCGUCUCGAGAUUCUCGGCAAGAUGGAGGGCGUCGACGUUUUCGACAUGAAGCCCCUUGAUGCCUCCCGCAGGGGCACCAUGGAGAACCCCAUCUCCGUCCGCUCCGCCGGUGAUGAGCAGUAUGCCGGUUGCACUGGCUUCCCUGCCGACUCCCACAACGUCAUCUGGCUCACCAUGACCCGCGAGCGCCCCAUCGAGCGCUGCCCCGAGUGCGGCAACGUCUACAAGAUGAACUACGUCGGUCCCGAGGACUCCCACGACCACCACCACGACGACCACCACCACGGCUUCGAGGAGCCCAAGACUUUCGCCGACUUUGUCAAGCCCCAGUACUGGUAA